UAUUGACCGUCAAAGAUUUUCUGUUAAUGAUAAUAUUAUAUAUGAUAUCGUUCAUAAACGACAUCUACAUCAAAGAGAAUUGUAUUUAUUAGGAUUAAAAAGUUCAGAAGAACAAGAUAGACAGGUGAGAAGAAGGCACAAAAAUGCUCGUGCUAGAGAA